AGGUCCAGCUGAAGCAAGAGCAGCACAAUGGCAGACUCUGCACAGAUCAAUGGCAGCACACACCAGGAAACCUGGGAAUCUCACAACAAGAUGGUACUGGAACCUCUUGACACCAAUGAUCCAGAGGUGUACGACAUCAUCCGGAAAGAGAAAAACAGGCAGCGGUACGGCCUAGAACUCAUCGCUUCAGAGAACUUUGCCAGCUGCGCCGUUCUGCAGGCUCUGGGUUCCUGUUUGAAUAACAAGUAUUCCGAGGGCUACCCUGGGCAGAGGUACUAUGGUGGAACCGAGUUUGUGGAUGAGAUGGAACGUCUUUGCCAGAAGAGGGCGCUGGAAGUGUAUGGUUUGGACCCACAAAAAUGGGGCGUCAAUGUACAGCCGUACUCUGGGUCUCCUGCUAACUUUGCCGUUUACACGGCCUUGGUGGAGCCCCACGGGAGGAUCAUGGGUUUAGACCUACCAGACGGGGGUCAUCUGACCCAUGGCUUCAUGACCGACAAGAAGAAAAUCUCGGCCACGUCCAUAUUUUUCGAGUCUAUGCCAUAUAAGGUUCACCCUGACACAGGUUAUAUUGACUAUGACAGACUGGAGGAGAAUGCCCGUUUGUUUCACCCCAAGCUUAUUAUUGCUGGUGUUAGCUGCUACUCCCGUAACCUGGAUUAUGCACGGAUGCGACGUAUUGCAAAUGAGAAUAACGCCGUCCUCAUGGCUGACAUGGCGCACAUCAGCGGGCUGGUAGCAGCCGGGGUUGUGCCUUCACCAUUUGAACACUGCGAUGUUGUCUCCACCACCACCCACAAGACGCUGCGAGGCUGCCGCUCUGGAAUGAUCUUCUACCGGAAAGGGGUCCGCAGUGUGGAUCCCAAGACCGGAAAGGAAACACUCUAUAACUAUGAGAGUUUGAUUAAUCAGGCAGUGUUUCCUGGCCUGCAGGGAGGGCCCCAUAAUCACGCCAUUGCAGGAGUCGCUGUCGCCCUGAAACAAGCUCUGUCCCCAGAGUUCAAACUCUAUCAGAGACAAGUUGUUUCUAACUGCAAGGCCCUGUCGUCGGCUAUGGAGGAACUUGGCUACCAUGUUGUAACAGGUGGAUCUGACAAUCACCUAAUUCUAGUUAACCUUCGUGGUCAGAAGACUGACGGGGGCAGAGCAGAGAAGGUACUUGAAGCUUGCGCCAUUGCCUGCAACAAGAACACCUGUCCAGGUGACAAGAGCGCUUUGCGGCCCAGUGGAUUGCGGCUUGGUACACCGGCCCUGACCUCUCGGGGGUUCAAAGAAGACGACUUCAAGAAAGUGGCACAGUUUAUUCACAGAGGCAUAGAGCUGACACUGGAGAUUCAGAACGCAAUGAUUCCUGGUGCCACAUUGAAGGACUUUAAGGAGAAGUUGGCCUCUGAAGAUGUACACACCCCUAAAAUGUUGGCCCUGAGGGCUGAGGUGGAGAAAUUUGCUGGUACCUUCCCGAUACCUGGACUUCCCGAUCUGUAAACAGGGAUUUUCUGUAGUGUUUCAAUUGGUCAUCUUUUAAUUUACACAGUUGUUUAGUACAAACUCUAGACUGGAUCCUAUUAUACUGUGACUGAUCUCUUCUAACGGUUUGAAAGCAAACUCCCUCCUCAUUUCAACACACACCCCCAUGGCUAUAUGCUGCUGCUCUUGUAAUAAACUCACCCCUCCAUUUUAGGGGCAGUUUGCGAUACAUUUGAUAAAGGGGAAAUGGCCAGAGCUAAUAGUGAGCUCUAUGAGACACCUUUGGCUUUGGAAUUCUUUGGAACGGUACCUGAUCAUUGAGUUGCAGCCCUACAGUAGCCCUUUGUGCCUUAUCUGCUUUGGUUACUAGCAGGGUGCUUUAGAUUUUUGCCUUCAUAGGGCCACAUCCCCAACCCCCCUUCAGUGUGCAGAGCAUUCUGAUGAGCUAAGUGAGUGGCCAUAUCGCAUGCUGCAAGCCCGUCAGGGGCCGAAUGAUCUGCCAUACAGAGGCUAAAGGUCCUUUAGAAACUUGAUAUCCACUGUAUAACUGUUACCUGGCCAUACACGUAACAGUUUUAUUGAACAACCAAUUUCAGUUCGUUCUGACAAAAAUGUCAAAUUAUUGUAAGGUUGUUGGGCACCGAACCAUUGUACAUCUAGCGAUCUUUCAUCCGACAUCAGUCAGAAAAUCAAUUGCCCACAUUUAAAGUUUUUCAUUUUUAAAGGAGAAGGAAAGGUAAAAACUAAGUAAGCUUUAACAGAAAGGUCUGUGUAAAUACAGUCAUAAGCACUCACUGAAAAUCUGCACUGAGUCUCAAAAGACUCACAGGAUUUCCUGUCUUCUUUAGUGUAAACUUGUUCUUCUGUAUCAGACUUCCUCUCUCAGGAAAAUCCUUCAUUCCAAGGGGCAGAGUCUGCGCAGCUCUCUCUCUCCCUUUUACUUCUCCCCACUCCCAGAAGAAUUCACUCCCCCUCCCAUCAGAAUGUGCGAUCUAUGCUACCAGUACCUAGAGCUGCAGCAGAAAGAUAGUGAGACCAAGCUAAAAUGGCAGCUGCUAUCCUAAACAAACGGAGGGAGCUUCUAGGGCUCUUUACUCAGGUAUGGUAAUGGUUUCUGAAGAAUAAAUAUAGUGUUCUAGGUGGCACUAAUGUGGCUAAUCUAUUGGCAGUAAAAUGCCAAAAUGACUUUCCUUAAACUUUUAAACAAUGACGUUUGUCCAUUGAUUGCAAACACUGCUUGUGUGGGGCGGUGCUUAGAUGAUAUUUCACAAUAACCUUGGUCAUAUGAUAAUGAAAAGAUCUUUAAAAAGCUACGAGUGUUUGUGUUCUUAAUACUUUAUUGGUGAAAACAUUACACGUUUAGUCCCCGGCUUUAGAGCCACCGCAUUACCUGGGUUUGUCUGGAUCUUUGCGAUUUCUGUAUUGCACUUGUAUUUUUAAGGGGGAGAAAACAAAUUCACACUUAUUUUAGUAAUUGAUUAAACAGUUCUUGUAGAAA